AUGGCUGUCCCUGAAAAUGCUGGUGUGAAAGUGGACUCUUCUGGUCAGAAUUUAGCCAACAACACUGUUUCCUCUGCUGCCGAGACUAAGCCGCCGUGUCCUGGCGAUGAUCAGAGCCCUAAAUCUGAUUCCUCUCUGGCAUCAUCGAAUCCUCCAAUCGCCGAUUCGACUCCGGUAGCCGACGAUCGGACCAAUGACACUGCCAAAGCUGGUCAGACGCCAAAUGGGUUUAAGGGAAAUGGAUUCAGCUCGAAAUCGGUGACUGGUGGUGAGAGAGAGAACAACAACGGAGGGAGUCUCAAGAGUGAGAUCAACCAUUUGGCUGAUGCUUUCUCUAAGCUCAAUCCGAUGGCUCAGGAGUUUGUUCCUCCUUCACUGGCUCGAAGCCAAUCUGUGGUUUUGAGAAAUGGGUUUACUCACAAUUUCGCAGAUGGGAGUGAUAAUUAUGUUAGAAGGAGAAGGAUCUUUGGCCAAGCGAAGAGGAGAGUGAACAAGAGAACCACCAUGGCUCAGAAGGAUGAUGUAAUCAGGAGAACUGUCUAUGUCUCCGACAUCGAUCAACAGGUGACCGAGGAAACCCUCGCAGGUGUCUUCAUUAAUUGUGGACAGGUUGUUGAUUGUCGUGUGUGCGGUGAUCCAAAUUCUGCCCUGCGUUUCGCUUUCAUUGAGUUCACCGAUGAAGAGGGAGCUUUCAAUGCUUUGAGCAUGUCGGGAACAGUGCUCGGCUUUUACCCUCUUAAGGUGCUUCCUUCCAAAACUGCUAUUGCACCUGUUAACCCGACUUUCCUUCCUCGGUCUGAGGAUGAGCGUGAGAUGUGCGUGAGGACUGUUUACUGUACCAACAUUGACAAGCAUAUCACUCAAACUGACUUGAAAGGCUUCUUUGAAAUGCUCUGCGGAGAGGUUCAUCGUCUGAGGCUUGGAGACUAUCACCACCAAACCCGCAUUGCUUUUGUUGAGUUUGCAAUGGCUGAAAGUGCAAUUGCAGCUCUUCACUGCAGUGGUGUUAUCUUGGGCACACUCCCAAUAAGGGUGAGCCCAUCAAAGACACCAGUAAGGCCGCACUUUCCCCGUGAUGAGGGCAACUAA